GGCGAAAGUGUGGUCAGCUAUAUCGGAGGGCGUUGGGGGCCUGAGAGGUGCUUCUGCGCAGGCGCCCGGCUCCUAAGUCUACCCAGGAACUAACUCUGCUCUCUCUUUUAGCUGUUAGACAUGGGCACUCCACAGAAGGAUGUUAUUAUCAAGUCAGAUGCACCAGACACUCUCUUAUUGGAGAAACAUGCAGAUUAUAUCGCAUCCUAUGGCUCAAAGAAAGACGAUUAUGAAUACUGUAUGUCUGAAUAUUUGAGAAUGAGUGGCAUCUAUUGGGGCCUGACAGUAAUGGAUCUCAUGGGACAACUUCAUCGAAUGAAUAGAGAAGAGAUUCUGGCAUUUAUUAAGUCUUGCCAACAUGAAUGUGGUGGAAUAAGUGCUAGUAUCGGACAUGAUCCUCAUCUUUUAUACACUCUUAGUGCUGUCCAGAUUCUUACGCUGUAUGACAGUAUUAAUGUUAUCGAUGUAAAUAAAGUUGUGGAAUAUGUUAAAAGUCUGCAGAAAGAAGAUGGUUCUUUUGCUGGAGAUAUUUGGGGAGAAAUUGAUACAAGAUUCUCUUUUUGUGCGGUGGCAACUUUGGCAUUGUUGGGGAAGCUUGAUGCUAUUAAUGUGGAAAAGGCAAUCGAAUUUGUUUUAUCCUGUAUGAACUUUGACGGUGGAUUUGGUUGCAGACCAGGUUCUGAAUCCCAUGCUGGCCAGAUCUAUUGUUGCACAGGAUUUCUGGCUAUUACAAGUCAGUUGCAUCAAGUGAAUUCUGAUUUACUUGGUUGGUGGCUUUGUGAACGACAGUUACCCUCAGGUGGACUCAAUGGAAGGCCAGAGAAG